AUGAAUAUCAAACCUGAAUUUUCAAAGGUAUUUCCAUCGAAAAAACUCAUAAAUAGAAUACUAUUCCAAUUAGAUUCGGAUGUCACUUCAAGAACAAUUAUACCUAUUUAUCAAUCCAUAUAUGAGAAACGGGUAAUCCCUAUUAAAUAUCGUAGCAAUGGAGAUGUGUUGUUUUUAAUGAAUAGAGUUCUCUCAAAAAUAAGGAAAAUGAGUAACUAUGAAACUAUACCCUUAAAAGAAAUGAGAAAUACAUUGCUGUAUCAAUCUGCAAGUAAUGGAUCGAACGAUGCCAUUGCAUUAUUAUGUUACGAAAUAUUGUCAAAUAAGGAUGUUAAACCACCAAAGAAAAAGGAAGCUGAAAAAUUACUAAAGGAUCUGGUAAUGCUAGGGCAUGGCCUAAGCUUUAAAGUGGUAGGUGAUCUUUAUUAUUCUAUGGGUCAAACUGCAGAAUGUAUCAGUUGGUAUGAAAAGUUUUUGGAACAACCACAAUUGAAAAAUGAAUGGAAGGGAGAAGUUUUAGAAAAGAUUGCAGAGAUUCAAUAUAGACAAGGUCCUGAAAAUAUUAAAAUUGCAGAACAAAAAUUUUUAGAGGUAAUUAAAAUUUGUAAACUCCAAGAUUGUGUUAAAUCAUAUUUUUAUUUGGCCCAAAUAUAUAUAAAAUAUGACCCAAUGAAAUCAAAGAUACUUUUAGAACAGUGCUGCACUCAAGGUUUUAAAGAAGCAUUCAAGGAACUUGGAUAUCUUGAAAUGAACUAUUUUAGAGAUUAUGGUAAGGCCCAAGAAUGGUUUAAGAUUGGAAUGGAGGUAUUUGAAAUUGAAUGCUACUUUGGUUAUUUUGAUUGUUCUUUUGAAUCGAAACAAUAUAUUAAUUGUGUCAAUUGUUUGAAAAGUAUGGAAAGCCUAAAAAAUGUGGAUAAAAACUAUAAAAAUUAUAUAAAGAUGUUCGUUACAAAUAGAAUGGAGAAAAUUCAAAUAGCUCUAAAAAAUUCAAAAUCCGAAAGAAGCACACCUUCUACUACUAAAAACAAUGCCAAUUCUGUUACUGGUGACAUCUCUAAAGUGAAAUCGCCAAGUUCACGUUGGGUAAUGUAA